AGCUUCUUGCAAAAUCUCGCGUUUAGGGAGGGAGGGUCCGGAAUUAUUGCAAGUUGGGAGCUCCAUCUCCUUUGGAGAUUGCGAUGAAAUUAUGAGAAUGGUCGCAGAUGUGCUUGAAAGUCUUGAAGCAAACAAGGGUUUGGAAAAUACCGUAAUAAGAUGGGGAGGUCUCAUACGCUUGAGCUGGCUCAUGCAAUUCCGUCCCGCUAGCUUCCCAGUCUCGCAAGUUUCGUUCUACAACAGAAGACUAUGUCUACGUCUUCCGUCGACAAUGCUUCGUCCCACAAGAUCGUGCGCAAGGCUUUGUCUUUCGUCAGCAAAACUCCAUCCUGCGAGGUUGUCUGCGAGCCUCCUUUUGUCGGCAAGGCUUCGUCCUGUGAGAUCGUCCGCGAGGCUUCCGUCAGCAAAGCUUCAUCCCGCGAGGUCGUCCGCGAGGCUUCUUCUUUAGUUGGCAAGGUUCCUUCCGGAUUUGUUCAUGACCUACUGCAUGCUGUUCUUAGAACAGCAGUAUCUUCAUCUGUCUGGCCUUCUAUAUGUGACCGAGGAAUUGAAAUAACGGGCAUUAGUAGAACUGCAAAUUCUAGGCUUAUGCACAUUUUAUGUGAUAAAAUCUAUCCUAGCAGUCAUGAAACUCCACUAAGGUUAUUCUUUUGGUAUCUCGAUCCAUUACUUUUGAAGAAUGACAUCUCAGAAGUACUACGGGAAAUCAUGCAUAGGCCUUUCCUUUCUUUGAAAGAAGAAUUCUAUAAUCGUCCAACUUGGAGAAGAAUUAUUUCAUGUUUGGCAACUUCCCCAUCUAUGUUUAGGCAGGCAAGCACACUUUUACAUAGCUGGUUUCUUAUGACGGGUCUGACUUCUGUAUUAGAACUCAACAUUGCACUUGUUUCGGCUGUAUUAGAUAUGGUUUCUAGGCCAAUGGCCUGGGGCGUAUCAAUGGAAAUGGGACUCAAGUAUCCGUUUCCCCAUGCUUAUUUUCCCAGUAACUUUCAGGAACUACUGGGCCUGUUGAAUGGACCUAUUUCAUGUAAUACUUUUGUGGAUUUGGGUCAUCAUAUUAAAUUAUCAGUUAUUUGUACAGAAGCAUCCUUGGAUCCAAUUGAUGAUAAUUCUACCUGGUCAAUGCUAAUGAAAUUUCCUACCUGGUUCUAUUUUGCAACUGUGUUGAUCUUCUAUUAUGAAGACAUGCAAGAUUCUUUUAUUUCAAAAGUUAUUUCUAAUGAAUGGAAAUUAGAUCUGAAUGAGGCAUUUAUUUUAUAUCUUUCAUUUGUUCUGUGCCCAGUUGACAAAGGCCAUCGUGAACGACUUGCCGAACAUUUACUCGAACUAUCAAGGUCUUGGAGGUUAGCAAGCAGAGCAAUUUCUAGCUAUGAACAAUGCUCCUUUUUAGGUGGCCAUAAUAAGGUUCCACUUAGCUGGAGUAAGAAGCUCAAAAUAAGUAAGAAUGGUGAUGAUAAGCUUGCUCUGGCAGCACAUAAAUGUAGUUUUGCUGCACUAGCAUCUUGGCUCAUAGAAUUUAAUGGUGUAUGUGUUGAAUCAUGGAUCAAGCCUUUCAUUAGAUACAAGCCAGCUGGUUCAAAAGGUGAAGAAAAGGCCUCGACAAGGCCGACGAAGUUAGCUAAUAAAAUUCCUCUUGGCAUAUUGAUAUUGUACCAGGAUAUUUUAAGUGACAGUGAAUGUGAACUGCUACUUUACUACGCCACUACCGGUGAAAUACUGCAGCAUGAAGAAGACCAAAUGAAGAUCAGUAACUAUCAUGAGCAUGAAAUUGCUUUUUGUUAUGGAAGUGAUGGAAGAAAGUGGGCAUUUGAUGGAGCUUGCCUUGUAUUUUCAUUGUUUGACAUUGUUGAGGAGAUGUCAGUGAUGUUGUUUGACUGUGAAGCUACCAGGCUUGAUUUUAUCUGCCAUUUGAAAGGAAAGGUUUGCAACUACUUGCUUAGAUGUGUUGAAAUGCUGCUCCAGCUCUGUAUUCAGCAGUUAGUUGAAGUCAGUGGCAGGGUUGGUUUACUUGAUCUUUUCAGGAGAUUGAUCCAGUGGAAGCAGCAAGGACGAGAAGUUUUUACGGGCUGUGAAAAAUUUAAUGAUCUGGUUGAUGGAUUUAAAAAGAAGUUUUUAAAAUCAAAGGAGCUUGAGGAAGCAAUCUAAGAUUUCAAGUCAUUGCAUUUUCUAUGGUCAGAUGUAAAUGCACAUAAUCUUUUGGCAGUUCUGUGGUUUUCCAUCGAUAGUGACUUAAAUUGAACCAAAGAUUUAAGCUUGCAGUUUUUCUAAGAUUGAUAUUUUGAGUACUAGUCAAUUCAACUAAGUGCAGGUAUGUAACAGCAAGAAACUCUUCAUUUUUCUUUGUUUUCUUUUUGGUUGAUCAAGGAGUAUAGGCUGUCACUGUCUGUUUUACAAAUAUAAUUUACUAAAUUCAUCAUCAGAAUGGAUGGGGAUAUAAAUUUUAGUGUA